AUGACUACCGCAGAACCACUGACUCUCUACACUGCAAAGGUCUGUCCGUAUGCUCAAAGGACCGAGAUCGCCCUCGCCGAGGCCCAGGCUCCUUUCACCCGCUACGAGAUUGACCUCCAGAACAAGCCUGAAUGGUACGCACCCCAAGUGAACCCAGCGAGCAAGGUCCCUGCUAUAGCGUACGGCGGCCCCAAAGUCCCAGCUGACACUCCUUCGCCUCAAUCUGCCAAACUUGCUGAAUCUCUAAUUCUCGUCGAGUUCAUUGCGGACCUUUUCCCAUCCGCGCGUCUGCUCCCCUCUGACCCAGUCACCCGAGCGAAAGCCCGCUUCUUCAUCGACACCUUUUCUAACAAAUUCUCCCCUGCCUAUGCGGGGUUCCAAUUUCGCGGGGAGUCGCCCGAGGCUCUGUAUAAGGCUAUCGAGGCACUUCAGGGACAGCUUGCCGGUGACGGAAAGUGGGCCGUAGGAGACGAGUUUAGUAUUGCGGACGUGGCUAUUGCUCCGUUCCUCGCGAGACUUGAGCUGGCGUUCUCGAAUGAUGUGGGGGCGUUUCAAGUCGGAGAAGGGAAGAAGGUGUGGGAGACAUUGCAAACGGAUGAGAAGUAUGCUCCUUUGAGGAGCUAUUGGGCUAGGCUGAAGGAGAGGAAGAGCGUGAAGGACACGUUCUAUGCGGAUCAUGUGUUGGUACAGUACAAUAAGCGUCUCGCCAACUGGCGCGCGCCCAAGUAA